UGAAUGUGGAGGAUUAUAUGGCAAUGACCUCCACCUCAAUGUUUGUAAAAGUGAACCAAUCAGAAAGCAAACAGAUAUCUGGAGCGAAUUACAACUGAGUGUCGUUUAACAGAUUUUGCUUAUCCCACUCGUGUUUAGUUUCUAAUUGUUUUCGAUCGCUCCCAUUAUUAAAUGUAAUCGCACUCUAUAUGGUUGUUGACUCAACUCAAUUCUGUUGUUAUCAUCCAAAGCUCUCUAUGAUCACGCAGUUCUGCACUUCGCCUGCAUUCAAAGUACUUUCAGGCGGAAAUGUGGGUUUACAAUGCAGUUUUCGUCAUCAUAUUAUUUGAAGACCUGUGGCUUGCAGAGUUCAAGAGUGUUAAUUCACAUUGUAUGUUGGCUAGAGAAAUCUUAAAUAAAUACAUUUCCCAUCCUAUUGAAUCUAAUCAAUUGGUCAAUUUGUGCAGAGAGAACGGCGGAUCUGAGUUUAAUGAUUGCUGUAAUGAGGAGUCGCUGAAAAACAUUGUGUCUAUUGGCGCAUCUGAAUUCACUAAGCACUGGCGCAUAUUCUGGCUUAACAUAAGUCAGAAUUUAAGGGAAGACGCUCGUUAUCUGCAAGGGAGUUUGAAGCUAACAUUGAAAAGUUUUCAUGACCUCUUUGUAAACUCCUACGGAUAUAACUAUGAUCAAAACAAGGAUUUUGUUGAGGCAUUCUUCCAUGAACUGGAAAGUUAUAUGCUGGGAAACCGGCAAAAUAUAGCGUCGUUGGUUGAUGACUUUUUCGAUGGCCUGCUAAUUCGUGCACUCCAUGUAAUGCUGUUUGUAAAAACUGAACCGGAUAGUAUUGUAGCCAACUGCGUUGCAUCCAAGUUGAGACCUCUGAAGCCAUUUGAUCAAGCGCCUGAAAUAAUAAGGUUUAUGGCAACUCGCGCAUUUCCUCCUCCUAGGAUUCUUAGGAAUAGUCUCCUGUUAGGAGAUCAUGUGGUUCAGUUUUUAUCAAAGAUUACAGUGAAUGAUAGUUGUAUAAAUGAAUGGAUUAAACUACGUUACUGUAAUUUAUGUUCAGGAGUAAUCCAACCCCUCAUUUGUCGACAUAGUUGUUUUAGUCGUUUGUCCACAUGUUUUUUGUUAUGGACUGCUUUUGAUAAAUACUGGCUAUCAUUUAUUGAUCAGGUUGUUCGUGUUGCUGAACGUUUAAAAGACUCCAAAAUUUUCCCCCAGGUUAUUCGACCAUUACAAAUACAUAUAUCUGACGCUAUCAUGAAUCUUCAAACUAUACUUUUUCGACUGGAUCAAUCUGAUGAAUUUUUCAGUGACUGUUUAUUAGAAAACUCAAAAGAACAUCAGUCGUUUCCUUCCAGGACUGAUUUUAGGCAACGACGACAUCAGGAAUUUGUAUUUGUUGAUCAUGAUACCUUAGUUCAGGAUUACAAACAUCCUUAUAUUUACGGCAAUUAUGAUAUCCUGAAAUCAUGGGCGGACAGUAUUCGUAACAAGUAUCUCUCUAUACGCAAACCAUUUUCUACCAUCAUCAAGUAUCUUUGUAGUGAGGAUCUUCUACGUGAUUCAAAGGAAAAUAGUGACCAUUUAUGUUGGACAGGUGAUAGAUUAACACAUACGUCAAAUAUAACCGUAAAUCUGAUCGAAAAUGAAUCGUUUCUUAAGAUAAAUCCUAUGGCUGUCCGUGUCAUUAAAGAUCUACAACACAUAACUGAAAUUAUGCAAUCUGUAAUUCAAAAUAAUUCUGAUCCUCAUUAUGUGCCGAUUAAAGGGGAAAGUAGAAUUCAAUCUAUAGAUAACGUAACUGUUUUCCUUCCAUUGCCGAGUUAUUCAACAGCAAACCCAGUAAGCAUAAUGGUCUGUAUAUUUUUCAUUACAUUGCAUUCAGUAGAGUUCUUUCUAUACAUGUUUAUUCUUAACAAGCUGUUUUACUGUCUGCUUAAUAAAAUGUAAAGGAUAUACAAAUCGUUAUCACACACAUUUUCACAAGUGAUAGUCACUACCGAGUGUACACUAAUAAACUGACUUAAGAAUUCCUUAUUGGUGUUCUGAUCGAUGAUGAGGAAUGUAUCGUCAAUAAGUCUAGUUUUUCCUAAAUUUCGUUCACAACUCCAUUUUCUAAUUUGAUUAUAAAGCAACCAGCUAAUAUUCUGAACUUGACACAACAUUUAUCUCGUCAAUUUGUUGACAAUAUUGUGAAAGACUUACAUAGUAAAUAUUUUCUACCGUUUACCCUCUCAGUUUUCCAACGGGCUACGAGUCUACAAUACUGUUCUAUGUUUUCACAAUAAAUUUGUAACAUUCCUGUCCUUUUCCUUAGCCUGAUAUUAAUUGAUAGACGAUUUUGAUCAUUUUUCCACACCCUGCUUUUGGUUGUUUUCCAUCAAUUUUUAUAUCUCUUCUUUACUGCUUUCAUAUGUGAACUGAUUAUUCACAUAUUUCUUACUACGCAAUUUUUAUAAGUUAUUAUUUUACUGUUAAUGUUUCCAAGUUUCGAUUUAAGUUCGAUAUUAAAGCAUUUAUACAUCCAUCUCUGCUCAUAAUUUAUCCAAGCUGUUAUUAUUUUUAUUAUUACGAGCGUCAAGACAGUUCUAAUGUACGGAACUGAAACUUGGAGAACUAUUACAGAUAUCAUCAAAAAGAUGUACGUAUUUUAUAAACAAUUGUCUACUCAAGAUACUCAAUGUCCGUCGGCCGGAUACCAUCAGCAAAAACCUACUGUGGCGGAGAACACACUGGGAUCUGGCUGGAUAAGAAAUUUGGAAAAGUUGUUGGAAGUGGAUAGGACAUACAUUACGGAAAUCAACAAACUGCAUCACAAGUCAAGCGCUUACCUGGAAUCGUGAAGGGAAACGGGAAAGAGAAAGGCCAAAGUACACACUGUGUCGGAAAUUGGAAGCAGACAUGGAAAGGAUGAAUAGCAACUGGGAAGAUUCGCCUGGUAUAGAGUUGGAUGGAGAAUGCUCAUGGCGGUCUAUGAUCCUCCACGAGGAGUGACCGGAGUAAGUAAGCUUUCUUUCAGCCUACUUCAACACUAACAAACGUCACACAUGUAGAUGGACAGUGGUUAUGCUCAUAAGUGUCCUGUAUUUCCCUAACCACCCUAAUCGAUGGAGAUUCGCUGCAUCACCAACCAAUUUUCCACCUUUCCCUGGUACCACUUAUCUAACUUUAGCACUGCUACCUCGAAAGUUCCGACAUACGCGAGUAAUGCUCUGAGGGUAUCUAUGGUUGGAUGCCUGUAGCUUACGAAUGUCCUUUUAUUUUCUAGGACCAUGUUGCUUAGCUAUAUCAUAGUAUAUCUUACUAUUAACAUCCACUUUUUACGUGCUAUGAUUAGUUAUCUAAUCUAUUUAAUCAUCUUCAAGAGUUAUGUUUAGUCUCAUAUUUUUGACGUAUGCGUCGAUAUUUAACUGCAUAUCAUGGUGAAGCAUAAUAAAAAUUAAUUCG